CGACGAACGUUGUUUUGGGUCCUCUAAUUUCAGCCCAACAACACAACUUUACUUCAUCUACACUUCAGGCCUUUCUGCACUUCACUUCCGAUCCCCAGCACUUUGAACACCUUCUCUUGGCAAUAUGUUCAAAUCAAUCUUCGAGUCCGCGCAGAGCUCAUCGUUCAGGUCGCCGUUCACCAGCGUCAACUGCCAGGCUGCCACUCCUGCCUCCGACCUUGCGCUCUCUAAAGUGGCAUCCCCGUCAGUCUCGGCCCUUGACGAUGUCUCGCCCCGCAAACAUAGCCCCAACCACAACUUUGCCGCCGCCGCCGCCGCUCCUCUGGGUGAUUCCUGCGAGUUCGGAUCGAACAAAUACUUCCUGCUGUGCGGCCUGGGAGGCAUCAUCUCCUGCGGCUCCACACACACCAUGGUAGUGCCGCUGGAUUUGGUCAAGUGCCGCCUGCAGGUGGAUCCGGCCAAGUACAAGAGUGUGUUCAACGGUUUCCGGGUCAGUUUGGCCGAGGAGGGUGUGAGGGGUCUGGGCAAGGGAUGGGCACCCACCUUCAUCGGCUACUCCAUGCAGGGCCUGUGCAAGUUCGGUCUGUACGAGGUCUUCAAAGUCAUUUACGGCGAUGCCAUUGGCGAGGAGAACGCCUUCCUGUAUAGAACCGGCCUCUAUUUGGCCUCUUCGGCCUCCGCCGAGUUCUUCGCCGAUAUUGCCCUGGCGCCCAUGGAGGCGGCCAAGGUCAAGAUUCAGACCACUCCCGGAUUCGCCAAGACGCUGCGCGAGGCUCUGCCCAAGAUGACUGCCCAGGAGGGCAUUGGCGCCUUCUACAAGGGUCUGGUCCCACUCUGGAUGCGACAGAUUCCAUACACCAUGAUGAAGUUCGCCUGCUUCGAGCGCACCCUCGAGCUGCUGUACAAGUAUGUGGUUCCCAAGCCACGUGCCGACUGCACCAAGGGCGAGCAACUGAUAGUCACCUUCGCCGCUGGCUACAUUGCCGGUGUCUUCUGCGCCAUUGUCUCGCAUCCCGCCGACACAGUGGUCUCCAAACUGAACCAGGCUAAGGGCGCCUCCGCCCUGGAUGUGGCCAAACAGCUGGGCUGGGCUGGACUCUGGGGCGGAUUGGUGCCUAGGAUUGUGAUGAUCGGUACUCUGACUGCUGCACAGUGGUUCAUCUACGAUGCCGUCAAGGUUACUCUCCGCAUGCCACGUCCACCUCCACCAGAAAUGCCCGAAUCCCUGAAGAAGAAGUUGGGCGUGACUGGCGAGCAGUAAGCCGUUUAGAAAUCGGUUAAGCCUCUUGUUAAACGAAUUGGUCGACAUUUGUAUAGUAAAACCACGAUUGAAUAAAAACCAAACUUUAAAAUA